CUGCACCACCACUUUUCUAUCUCUUCUUUUAAUACAGAGUAACUCAAAUUCUCAUUUCGAUCAGAACAUUUUCGCUUCUUCUCUAGUUAAAUCCUCAAUUUUAUAAUUCUAUCUAUGGCUGUGGAUUCCCCGAUUUCGUCCCCAUUGGGUCCACCGGCGUGCGACAAGGACGCGAAGGCGCUGCGGUUCAUUGAGGAAAUGACCCGAAACGCCGCCGCCGUCCAAGAGAGGGUGCUGUCGGAGAUUCUCACACGCAACGGUCACACAGAGUACCUUCAACGCUUCGAACUUGGAGGCGCCUCCGAUCGUCAAACCUUCAAGUCUAAGGUUCCCGUUAUCUCUUACGAGGAUGUGAAGCCUGAAAUUCAACGUAUUGCGAACGGUGAUUGCUCCCCUAUCUUGUCCGCUCAUCCUAUCUCUGAAUUUCUCACCAGUUCUGGUACUUCAGCUGGGGAAAGAAAAUUGAUGCCAACAAUUAAGGAAGAACUGGAUCGUCGCCAACUUCUAUACAGCCUCCUAAUGCCAGUCAUGAACCUUUGUGUGCCGGGUUUGGACAAGGGAAAGGGCCUAUACUUUUUAUUCGUGAAGGCCGAAACAAGGACACCGGGUGGGUUAAUGGCCCGCCCGGUUCUCACAAGCUACUACAAAAGUGAUCAUUUCAAGACCCGACCUUUCGACCCGUAUAAUGUGUACACGAGUCCAAAUGAAGCAAUUCUCUGCCCCGACUCAUUCCAAAGCAUGUACACUCAAAUGCUCUGUGGCCUCAUAGAGCGCAACCACGUCCUCCGCCUUGGUGCCGUCUUUGCCUCCGGCCUCCUUCGCGCCAUCCGAUUCCUCCAACUCCAUUGGCCCGAACUCGUCCGUGAUAUCCGAUCUGGAACGCUAACUUCCCAAAUCACGGAUCCUGCAAUAAGAGAAUACAUGGACAAGGUGCUAAAACCCGACCCGGAAUUGGCCCAGUUUAUGACAGAAGAAUGUUCGAAGUAUAAUUGGGAAGGAAUGAUCACAAGAAUUUGGCCCAACACAAAAUACUUGGACGUGAUCGUAACGGGGGCCAUGGCCCAAUACAUUCCGACGCUUAACUACUACAGCGGAGGAUUACCCCUUGCGUGCACCAUGUACGCUUCGUCGGAGUGCUACUUCGGAUUAAACCUUAAUCCAAUGUGCAAGCCCUCUGAGGUGUCGUACACAAUCAUGCCAAACAUGGCAUAUUUUGAAUUCCUUCUCCACGAUCCUAAUUCUGGGUCUGUCAGUUCAAAACUGGUGGAUUUGGUCGAUGUGGAGGUCGGAAAGGAAUACGAGUUGGUAAUCACCACAUAUGCGGGACUCUACCGGUAUCGUGUGGGGGACAUACUCCGAGUCACCGGAUUCCACAACUCGGCGCCGCAGUUCCACUUCGUGCGGCGGAAGAACGUGUUGCUGAGCAUUGACUCCGACAAAACGGACGAGUCGGAGUUGCAGAAUGGGAUUGAGAAUGCCUCGAAGCUAUUGGCUGAUUUCAAGACGAGUGUGGUGGAAUACACGAGUUAUGCAGACACGACAACGAUUCCUGGUCACUAUGUUAUUUACUGGGAGUUGUUGAGCAAGGACUCGGCAAACGCACCGAGUGAGGAGGUGUUGAAUCGGUGUUGUUUGGAGAUGGAGGAGUCGUUGAACUCGGUGUACAGGCAGUGUCGUGUUGCGGAUCAUUCGAUUGGGCCAUUGGAAAUACGAGUUGUGAAAAAUGGAACCUUUGAGGAGCUUAUGGAUUAUGCAAUCUCAAGAGGUGCUUCAAUAAAUCAAUAUAAGGUACCAAGGUGUGUGAAUUUCACACCCAUAAUGGAGUUAUUGGAUUCUAGGGUUGUGUCCGUGCAUUUUAGCCAAGAAUUGCCACAUUGGACCCCUGAAAGAAGGUGAGGUUCUUGGUAGUGUGGCCUUAUUGAGUUUGAGUCAAACAUGGGGAGGUAGAUUUUGUUCUUUUCUUUGCUAGGUUUUUUCUUUUUGGAUUAAUGUAUAGGACUUAAGGAUAGUUGAACUAGAAUGUCUGUCUUUUUCAAUUAGUAUGAAAAGUGUAUAAUGAAUGUAUUGGUGUUUUCAUGUAAGAGUGAACGAAUGUAAUAAACAACAUAUUUUUCUUUUUGGCAA